CACUUGUUUCACCGGAAGUGAACUUCUUCUCAAUGUGAUUUUGUGGUUUCCACUUGCAUUUCAAAAACGCUUUGACAGCUCCUAAGACGAAGCAUACUUGAAUACUAGUGUGUGUGUCAAGGACGCUUUACGAGUGACUGUUGGUGGCCAUUAGUGAGCUGAAUAUGCAAUCUGUCACGGACAGUGUUAAAACACUGUACAAUUUUCUCCCGGCCGUCCUUCCAAAACAAAUCAAAGAAGUAGAAACAGUGAUAAUUCGUGAGAGCACCAUGGCUUUAGCAGGUAGAAACUUCGUGAGAUUGGCAGGAUUGUCAGGAUCUGUGGCAGUAUGCAUGGCUGCAUAUGGAGCUCAUGGUAUGAGCAAAGCAGAGGAAAAGAAGAAAAGGAUCUAUGACAUAGGUAAUAACUUCCACCUGAUCCAUUCUGUGGCUUUGUUAGGAACGCCAUUAUGUAAUCGACCAAUAUUGGUCGGAGGUUUGAUGACUAUGGGAACGCUGGUGUUUUGUGGGAGCUGUUACGUGUACUCGCUGACAGGAAAUGACCGAAUAAGAUACGUGACACCCUACGGCGGUAUGAUGUUGAUUGUCGCGUGGCUUCUGAUGGUACUGUAAUACGUACAGGUCACAGAAAGUAACAGCAGUUCACCAAGGAUUGAGACAAGUGAACUAAGAAGUAAAGAGUGAAUAAUGUCUAACUUAUUGGAUUGUAUAUAUGUGUCCACUGUCCAGUGUGUGAUAUGUCGUUAUUGAAUACGGAGACAGCAUUUAUUGGAGCACCUUCAGCCAUUAUAGCCUAGUUCUGGUUUAAAGUGUAAAAUGGCACAUAUAAUUGUAUUACAAAUAUCAUUUGGCCCCGUUGACUCCUUUAAUUUGUUGAACUUUAAAAAUCAGAUACGUGUGUAUGGAUUCGUUGGUGAUUCAUGAUCAAUCAUGGAAUCGUCACACAUACUUGCCUAGUUUACAGUAUUUGUGUGUUAAAUAAGAGGCCUGACAACUGUAACUACAAAAACAGUGGAGUUUUAACUUGACAUUUCAUUAAAAAAAUACACGUAUGUGUCCAUAUAUAUCGAUUAUAGAUACUGUAUCAAUGGUAUGAUGGAGAUGAGCCAGUCAAAUGUUACAGCAUGCUAAGUUAUAUUUUAUUACAUUCUACAUAUGUGUAGAUAUAUUUCUGUCUGUAUCGAGUUGUUUUGAUAGAUAUAUGUAAUGCACCAAACUAUGAGAACAAAGAUCACAUCUUAUUCUUAAAUUUCAUUUUUGCUUGGAUACAGACAGUGGAAAGAAACAGGGAGUUUCUGAGAGAAUGAUUUCAAUAAAGAGCUUUGUAUUCUUAUGAGG